AGCUCCUCUAAAAUCCAACUUGAAAAUAUCCAGAUACUGGAAGCUUCUGACCUCAGUCUCCCUGAGGGCAAAAACGAAUCCAUGUGCAAGAGGCAGAGCAGCUGAGAGGAGUCCCAUGAGACUGAGGAUAGCCAAUCAGAUCCGAUUCACAGGUGAAUAGAGUAGCAGAAUGAAGCAUACUUAUUGACAGGUACAUGUAUUCAGAGCCAGUAAGACGUCUAACAUUAAAGAUGGACUCAUUAUAAUGUGCUGGUGAAGGAGAAUGUAGUUUUUCUAGUGUAAACAAUGUAUCUGCGAAGAGUUUAUACUGUUUUCUUCAUUUCUAAUGAAAACUGUCGAAGCCCAAACACUUGAACAUGAGGCCUGAUCGCCUUCCUCCAUUGGUUUGUAUCAAUCUCAACAACCGAGGAGUCAGAGCAGAUUUUUGUAUUAUUCAUAUAUUUUUUUAUGUGUCAAAGGACAAUGUGAAAACAAUUAUUGGGAAGUUCAUGCAGGUUUAGUGAAGAUCAUGAACUUUCCUAUGAAGAAAUUAAGAAUAAAGUAGUAGUACAUAUGAUCAUUUUCUUGUUUGCUCAAACAUUUUGUCCACACCGGCGUCACAUUUUCAAAACACAAGCUGAAACGGAAGCGGGCAGGAACUGACACAAUAACACAAAACAUGAAACACGUGCCGUUACUAAUUCCCCUUAAACAUAAAGGACAAAGGAUAUGCUUUCAAUCAAUCAUGACCCAACAUACAACAUAACAUAACUCAGUAUAAACCAGCUCAGCUUCACUUGUGACUUAUGCUUGUGCCACUAAAUCAUUAGAGUAGUUUGUGGCCAUGAAAGGCAACCAAUCAUAUCCCAGGAUUUUUUUUACUCAGUAGCCAUUCUGCUCUCUGCUCUUUUUUAACUGCACUGUGUUGGGAUACAGUCAGAAAAAGAGGUUUCUAAUAAACGUUCAUUCAUUUGAUCCCUAGCUGCAUGUAUGUGUCCAUGAACUGUCCACACAUUUGGACAUUCUACGUGGUCAAGCUUUGGUACUGCAGCCUCUCCUCAGCAAAGAACCAACAGGAAGAAUGUGAUCGUAAAUCAGAAAUCCUCCAAAUGUCACUUGUUUCCAAAACUCUAAACUCAGUAAGGCGGAGUAUUGUAAAUAAGAAUACUUUGUAAAUACUGUACACAUUUAAGGUAAAGAGACCAAAUGGGUGGAAAUAUAGAAAAAAAUACAGCAACAGAAGAGGGACAUGGUGAAUGGAGGGCCAGAUGAGGGUGAGGCCAGGAGUCGGGAGCGCGCCUCCAGCCUGCCCCUGAUGUCUCUCUUCUCGUGAACGAGCAUGUAAACACCCGACCACUGCAGGGGGACUACUGUCUGCUGGAGCGGUGUGUGUGUCCUCUGUGUGUGUGUGUGUGUCCUCUGUGUGUCUGCCCUGUGUGUGCCUGUGAGCGGGAUGGCGGAUGGAGAAUUUAUCGCAUUGCAGGAUCCCCAGGCUGUGGAGGCGGGACCGCGGGACCACAGGAGGCUGACCCGACUUUACUGCAUGAACGGCGGACACCACCUGCAGAUCCUGCCCGAUGGGACGGUGCAGGGCCGGAGGGAGGAUGGAGACGCUCACACUGUUUUAAAGAUCCGGUCCGUGGACAGAGGUGUGGUGGUCAUCCAGGGGACAGACGCUGGGCGAUACCUGGCGAUGAGCGAUGAGGGACGUCUGUACAGUUCACCCACAGUCUCUGACGAGUCCUACUUCCUGGAGAAAUUGGAGGAGAAUCACUACAACACAUAUCGGCCCCAGAAGCAUCAGGAGAGGAACUGGUACGUGGCCCUGAAAAAGAACGGAAAACCUAAACUGGGUCCGAGAACUCACAUCGGGCAGAAGGCCGUCUUCUUUCUGCCCCGCCAGCUGGACGGCUCCUGGGAGUAGAAGAAGAAGAAGAAGUAGAAGUUCACCUCAGCACGCAGCAAUUACCUCGACCCAAAUGGACCAGAAGCGGCUGGUGGUCAGAUUUGUGUGUUUGUGAAAUAACACUUGGAGGCCUGGUGAGAAAGUGGGUGAUCGUCCCUACAACAAGUGAUUUGAGCCUAAACAUUGCAUUUAUCUUGUUUCAUUCUCACCCUCCCACUUUACUGAACAACUCCAUGUCAUCUCUAUUAGCUACAUUGCUAAUGUUGUCUUAAACAGAGAAGAAGCUAAGUGAGCCAAGUAAUUGUCCUAUUAUGUGAUGUUAUUUAUAUUAACAGAGGCAUUGUACACAAUUAUAUCCUAUUUAUAGAGACUAUAUUAUGGAGGGAAGAAAACAGAGUGUAGUGCUGCUAAAUGUUUAUUUAUCCAAGAUAUCCCAACGACUGAGAAACUUGUCUCCAGAUGUCAGGGAGAUUUGGACAAACGUUCGGCCAAACAAGUCGUAUUUCGAGUGGAUGAAGGUGUGGUUAGAGGAGCAGUUUUAAAAGAAUCACUGGGAUCUGAGGAAAAUGUCCGAACUGUGCCACUCUCUCAAACUACUGCAUUUACUUGAAGGUUAAGAUGACACAUGUAAAAGUUUGACUGAGAAUGUUGCAGGCGUGGUGGAGGUCAUGUGCUGUUCUCUAUAUAUCUGCAUUUCGAUUUGUGCUUGAGGGAAAAACAACUCGAUAACAAUAAGCUUUACCAGACUUUUGGAUGUUUCAUAUUCUCCACAGUUACACGCGGCGGCCCCUUGUGUAAGAUUACUGUGAAGUAUGUGACGCCCAUGACAG